GCAUUGCUAAAGCUUGGUCAUGGAAGAUGUUCUACCCGAGAGAAAAGAUACAAUGAGUCAACUAUACAAAUGAUUCUGUGAAUAUUCAGUACAUGCUUCUCUGAAUUUCGGUAAAGGUUGGUGGUACUGCUUAUCUGAAUUAACUUAUAUCUAACGGUCAUGGAAACAUCAAUACAGACAUUUAUGAACACUGUCAAGGUUAUUUUCGAGGAGAAUACCACUGAAAAAGUUGGAGCCUCUGUCAAAAUAUUAACAUGUGGCAGGUUGCUCUAUAUAUAUCCAUAUAAAAGAGGAUUCGUGUUACAUUAUAGCCGGCAAACGAGGCCAGACGUGUGCUCCUUGCUGCCAGCUCCGCCCUCCUCCACCCUAUCUCCUCGGAACGGGCAGCUCCAUCCAUCGGUACCUAGAAGCACAGAGGUUCGCCUCUACCACGAUGGCCACAUCACUGCAACCGAAACUCCACCAUUGUCCAGCCACCGACCCAGUGCAGCUCGACUCAAUCUGGACCAUAACCUCUCUGGGUGUUAGCAACAAUGUAUCUUCAAAAAUAAGCUUUGUUCAUGUAUAUUAUCUCUUUCAAUUUGAAAGAGAAAACAAGAAUAGUUUCAUUAUGGUUGUUCUGAAGGAAUGACAAGGCCAUUGAUGUUGUCAAGGUUAGUACAGGUACAUGCUUUAUCCUAUUGAUACUUUUCAACACAUACAACUUAGUCUUUGUGCUGGAAAAAGUUGAGCAUGAGUAUGCAGUUUCAGAAUGUGAUGGUCCUCUGUCUAAAAAAUUCUGAUAGGACAAAUACUGUGUCAUUUCAAUAUCAGAUUUUGGAGUUAAUAGGAAGCA